AUGGCCGGAAGACCAACACCACGACUCAAGACCGAACACGACACAAUGGACCAAUUCUUCGACUUCACCCAAGGCACAAACCAGGCCUCGCCAGUGACGGCCUCAUCAUCUCGGGCCGACGCCUUAUCGCCAUUUGAGCAAGAAGAGCGUCAACAAUUCAACGGACCAAGCCACGACUAUGGACAAUUCAAGCAGCAGGUCGGUCUGCCCGUUGGAAGCAUGGCCAACAUGCCUCAAUACGACGGUUUCAACUCUGGAUUGGGAGACGCCGACUUCACUUCGGGCUUUGGCUGGAACACGGGCAUUGAUCUUGACGCCGACAUGUCCAUGGACUUCAAUGGCUCGGCACCCAUGCCACCCAUGUUCUUCCCCAGUAACGACACCUCAUCGUCCAACAGCUUUGUCAAUCCCAACAGUGUCGGUGGCCACGAGGAGCCCAUCAGCAACGUCGGCCGUCUAUGGCCCGGAAUGCACAGCCAACAAGCACAACAGGCUGCCAUGCAAAAGGCUGCCCAGGCUCAGGCUGUGCAGCAACGCCAGAUGAAACUCCAGGCCCAGCACGCCCAGUACCGCCAAGCCGCCACCGCGGCACAGGCUCCAAGCCAAAGCCAAGCCUCUUCUCAGCAUGGUCAUGGCAAGCGAUCCGUACAUGCGGAGGCUCACGUAGAGGAGAGCAUCUCUCGGCUGCUUAACCAGAUGCGUCAGAACAGCUCGGCGCCUUCGGAUGAUGCCGGCUCUCCUUCCAAUGCGCUGCCCAACAUUGCACGCAUGAAGAAGGAUGAGGAGGAGAUGGAUGAGGACGAGCGUCUUCUCGCAUCCGAAGAAGGCAAGAAGCUUUCCAGCAAGGAGCGGAGACAGUUGAGAAACAAGGUCUCCGCYCGCGCCUUCCGUUCGCGUAGAAAGGAAUACAUUGGCCAACUUGAAGGCGAACUCGCUCUCAAGAACCAAGAAGCCACCACUCUUCGCAACGAAAAUCAGUCGAUUCUCGCGGAGAAUGAGCGCUACCGUGGUCUGAUCGAGACUCUGCUCCGCCACCCAGCAUUCUCGCCAUUCAUCAAUGAUAUUUCCAGGGAUCCACAGCAGCUUUUUCAGCAAGCUCCCCAACAACAACCACAACAACAAUCACAACAAUGUCAGCAGCAGCCGGAGGUAGCUCCAAUCCAGCAACAAGCACAGCCUCAAGCCCAGCAGCAGGACAUGAAACCCGAAUACCCGGAGUUUGACGCCUCUCAGCUGCAGAUCCCGAUGGCACCGCAAGAACAGCAGCACACCGUCAACCUCGUCAGCAUUCCCGAAGAGCCUUUCAACAAGCUGAACUUAUACGGCAGCCAAUCCAUGAACUUCAACAAUUAUAGCGUGAAUGCGUACGCUGUCACCGACUUGCCUGAUGGUCCUAAUCCGAUGAAUCUUCUCGACGACUCAUCUACCUACCUGUCUUACGCCUCUUCUGCUGCUGCCUCUUCGAAACCUUUGGACUCUGGACUUGAUGCGCUAUUCACAAAACUCGAUCACGCAGCACGGAGUUUUGUCGUCGGUCAAUAG